AUGGCUGCAGCUGUUGUUGCCGCUACUUUGAAUCGGCAGAUGCGCGAAGCUGAACAGGAGCAGGAGCUCGAUUACUCUCUACAUGGCAUGCUGGAGGACCCGCACACCUUUCAAAGCAGGAUGGCGUCGGUGGAUAGCGUUCUGGAGGACCUCAAGUCAAAGUCCUUGUUCGGCCCCACGGAUGAUGCGCUGAAAGAGUCAGAGUCAAAGAUUCAUGCUCUCCUCGAGAAGGUGCAGGCCAGGAUCGAUCGCUCGACAAGAUACCGAAAGCUCGCCGGCACCUCCCUCUUCUUCCUCCUCUUCAUCCUCCUCGUCUUUGCCCAGCGUGACUCUCAAGUUCUCUACGUCAUUGAAAGCUCGCUCCUCGACGCCCUUGUAGACGACCUUCCUUCCAUGCGCUCGGGGGGCUUCAUGAACUCCGGGGUAGGAGCCACGGGAUACAUCCGCAACAACGACGACCUCUACUCCUGGCUGCAGCAGAGUAUCCUCCCGUCCGUCUUCCAAGACCCCGUCUGUGGUGACGGAGUCUGCGACAGCCCUGCGGAGUACCCGGGCUUCGGUCGCUUCGGCUGCAUCCCAGACUGCGGCAAGUAUCCCAACCUGACGAGCGUGUCCCUGAGCCUCAAGGACGUGAUCGCUGACAGCGGAGCCUUGCUGGGGUGGGACCUGACGCUCCUCGACUCGAGCCUGGACCCGAGCAGGAGCAAGUUCACCUACAACAUCUACAGCGACACCAUGAACGCCUUCGUCUUCGAGCAAGACAUUGACAACGCGACGCUCUCGCUCGAGCUUCCCGACGGGCAGUACACGCUCGUGAUGUAUCAGACGAAGCAGACGACAGACUUGGUGGACCUGUCUACCAUGGAGCACUACCUGAGACUCAAUGCGAACACAAUCCCGGAGAAGGAACUUUCAAAUAGUUUGCACUAUGGCGACAUGCGGGAAUUUCUCUCGUCGGCGAUUCUUUUGCUGGAGAACAUCAUUCAUUACUGCUCGAAAGAAAGUUCUAGAACCUUUCAAGAAUGUCAAGAGCUCAAUGUUGAAGAUUUGAUCGCUCAUUUUCUUGAUUCCUAUGGACUAAACGGCAGCGUAUCCAUGAAAGAUCGGAGGACAAAAGUCCUCACGCCUCUGUUAAAUAUCAAAUUCUGCUCGGCCCCGAACCUUCGCAACAAAACCUACGCGGCCCUCAAAGAACUGUUCACUUCCUACCAGACCUCCGGCUGCUCCGACUCGAACGCCUUACGCGCAACCCAGCAGAGUCUGUCAGCGACGAUGAAGAGAAGCAAGAGGCCCCUACAAGUACUGCAAGACUUGGUGGACGCGAAGAACAAACAUCAGUCCCAACGAGCAACCGCAGCAGGGGGAACACAACAAGUCGGAUAUACUUGCUCCUCCCACGCUGACUGCGCUGCCUCCUCCUUCUGCGCUGCAUGGACUGUAGUGGCUCCCAGCACCAGCUCCUCCUCCUCAAGGCCAACCAACAGCGCCUCCUCCUCCACCUUCGUCUGCAAGCCCUGCGCUCUCUGUACCGUGGACACCAGGGACUCCUACGACGGCGUCUGUCCUCAGGACAAGUGCCCUGGCUCCGGCGGCUUUCCGCCCUGCGUUAACGCCUCUGCUCUUCUCGCCAGCUUCUCCUCCUCCUGCGAGAACCACAACCACUUUGACAUCUGGUCCUACGGCUCCUCCUCCUCCGGCCCGCCGGUUGUCAUCCCUCCCUUCACGCCCAAGGUGCUGGAGGUGACGCCGUUCAACCGCAUGGUCGGAGCUCUCGUGGUCUCGCAGAAGCGCAUGCAGAGUCUGCCCACGUGCGUCGAUCACAUCCAGGACCCAGGGCUGCACAACUACACGCUCCUCGCUCAGAGCAGCAUCAACUGCCCCUCGACCUCCGCGCAGGAGAGCACUCCCUUCGGCUUCGACCCGACCUUCAUGCCCUCCAGCAGCCUCUACAACGGCGAGCUGCGAGCCGAUCGCUUCUACGGCGACAGCGAGCGACACUCGUUCGUGGACGACAGCGGGCAGGAGGUGAUCUCCUACCCGUACGGCUUCUUCCCCCACCGCUACGACUCCAACCACCUCGACCUCAACAUGGACGGCGAGCUGACGCCCGACGAGCUCGCUCGUGACGUCAACGGCUCUGACUUCAGCAAGAGCCCAGCUGUGGUGGUGAGCUUGGAAGCGGACAACUUCAAGGUGUACUUCGACGAGCGGCUGUCAAGGAAGCAGGCGCUCGACAUGCUGACGAGCCUGCAGGACGGGAAGUUCAUCGACUUCCAGACCAAGCAAGUCUCCGUGGAGCUCAUGACCUACAACGCGGUCAGAAACAUCCUCUCCUACUGCCAGGUGACCUUCACCUGGGACGUCGGGGGAAAGAUCCCGUGGGAGUACAAGAUCACGACGGUGGGGGUGGACAAGAUCAAGCACCCGAGCACGUGGCAGCUGCUGCUCAUGCUCGCCAUCCUGCUGGCCCUGGUGAUCAACAUGGGGAUGGAGGUGACGGACAUCCUGCACCACCUGAGAAAGUUCUCUGCCUCCUCCUACUUCACCGACCCCUUCAACCUCAUCGACUGGCUUCACUUCGCGUUCCUCGUCGGCUCGGUAGUCAGCUGGCUCCUGCUGCACAGCAAGGCGCGAGCCUUCAGCCUCAAGGUCGGUUACCCGAUCCUCUUCUACGGGCCCGAGUACGGCAGCUCGCGACGAGUCUCCUCCGCCUCCAGCCAAGAGCUUCCCGGUGACUUCGAGAGUCCCAUCGCAGUCACCAGCUUCGCCAAGGCCAGGAGGCUGCGGACCAACAACCAGGCCGAGUACGACUUCCUCCUCCUGCUUGACUCGGUCAAGGCCAUGGCGUCGGCAGAAGACAUGUACGCCUUCUUCGCGGGGAUGAGCAUCGUGCUGUUUGUGUUCCGAAUGCUCAAGUCGCUGGACUUCCAAGAGCGGAUGGGGAUGGUGACGAGGACGAUCGGGAGGGCGUCGAGCGAUCUGUUUCACUUCCUGCUGCUGUUCAUGAUCGUGUUCUUGGGGUAUGCCAUCGUCGGCGUGUUCCUCUUCGGCCAUCAGUACGAGGGGAUGUCAAACUUGAGCUCGGCCUGCAAGACUCUCGCCAUGAUGCUCUUCAAUCUUGACUCGACCUUGUUCUACUCCUCGCUUUCACAUUCGUCAUCGGACGGAGCAGUACAAGUGUUUCUAUGGUCCUACGUGUUUGUCGUCUUCUUCCUCCUCUUCAACAUCUUCCUCGCUAUCCUGGUCGACGCGUACGUCAACGUCAAACAUGAGGUCGAUAAGGCCAACGGGCUCCUGCAGGACAUCGCCCUGUUCGCCGUCCACGGGGCUCGUCGGGUGAUUUCUCCCAGCUCAACUUUUAUCUCGGACCAGCAGCUGGAGAAGCUACUCAAGGAGAAGCUGGAGGCCAUAUGUGUCAAGAACGUCAUCCAAGGUGAAGUCAACCAGCACCUCGCCCACCAGAAGGCCAUCCUCUUGAAGGGAGGGCAUCAGAUCGGACCGCAGCAGCUCGGCUCCCUGCUGGGCUUCCAAGAGGCCAAGGAGGAUGAGGUGGAGGCUUCUGCAACAAGCCUGGACGUUCCAGUGUCGGAGAAUGCGGCCAUGCAGGACGUGAUGAGCAGGUACGGGGAGGACGUGGCAGAGCUGCGAGAUCGGAGGAACACGGAGCUCAAAGAGAUCGUGGGGAUGGAGAACAUGAGACGUCUGCUCGCCAUGAACGCGAUUCAGAUCGGGAUCAUGGAGGAGCAGCGCAGGCUGAUUGACCUAGUGGAAGGCAUCGCUCGCAAGUCAAACGUGCAGAUUCCAAGGACAAGGAGCUGCUUCGAACUGUUUGGGAAGGAGCGAGAAGGAAACAAGCGGCUGAACCUGACCGUCCUCUCAGCCUCAAAGCUUCCUAAGAUGGACUUCUUUCGUAGUUGCGACCCAUACUGCGUCGCCUACAUCAACGGCAGCGGGUCCUCCCCCUCCUUCCGCACCAGCGUCGUGCAGAGAAGCACCUCGCCGACAUGGAACGAGAAAUUCACAUGGAAGCUCGGGGGCGACACAACUAUCCUCACCAUCACCCUCUGGGACAAAGACAACGUGUCAAAGGACGACUUGAUCGGCACGGUCAUAGUGGAUCUCAGGAGCUGUGUGGCGGGAGAAGCAAGGAGAGCAGAUUUCCAGGUCAGGAACCCUCAGUGCCAGGCGAAGCUAAAGGAUGCAACAUUGUGUCUUGAGAUCGAAAUAUUUGAGGAAGAGGAGAUGACAGAGGAGGAUUUGGACCAACAACCUAGUGAGUCUCCUGAGAUAAGGUAUGCUCCCCCUAGAGUUAUCAAGGAUGAUUGA